AUGGACAUGGACAUGGACAUUGACCUUGGUCCAAUGCCCGAGGUGGAUGCAAUUGAGAUGGAUUCCGUGGCAGCAGCUCCUCAGGAGAGUGGGGUAGAUCCCCUCGAUACUGAAGCACAGUACGAGAAGAUUCACGUCCGAGGCGUCGACGAGCUGACAACGGAUAAUAUCAAACAAUUCGCGGCCCAGCAUUUCACUGUCGAGCUGCCGAGCCGCGUCGAAUGGAUCGACGACACGUCCGCGAAUAUCGUGUACUCGUCCCCGGACAUCGGUCUGCAGGCCUUGGCUGCCUUCACACAGAUCAUCGAAGAGGAAGCCGCUUCGCUACCAGCUCUGCGACUGCGUUCCGCAAAGGCCUUGUCCAGCCAUCCAGACUCUGUCCUUCAGGUUCGCGCCGCCGUCAAGACUGAUCGUAAGAAGGCCCGCGCCCACGAGGCCAGUCGGUUCUAUCUCAUGCACCCGGAGCAUGACCCGCGGGAGCGCUUGCGUCGCGAGCUCGCCGACAGAAGGCGCCAAGGAGGUGGUGGCGAUACCAGCGACGGAGAGUACCGGCGGCGACGGUUCGAUGACCAGGAGCUUCGACGUCGGAGGGACCGUGACGGAGACUACGGCAUCACGGCCAACAUGUACGAUGACACCACCACCAACAACACCAAUCAUAGUACCGACGACCUAUCAGAUGCCGAGCGUAGUCGCCCCAGCCGGCGACGAAGGGAGCGCGACGAGUUGUUCCCAGGGGACGACAGCGGCCGGCUAUCGGGUCGUUUGCGGAACCGCAGCGCCUCACCCGGUCGCGACACGCUGGACGAUAUCGGCCGGGUAGAGCGCGGCGACAAUGCCAACAACGACGACAACCACAACCACGCAACCAGCUCGCGCCGUCGCUUCCGCGAGCGGUCUCCGCAGCUCAGCCGUCGCAACCAGGGCCGCGAGCUGUUCCCUGCCAAAAACCGCGCGGACUCCUCUGAAGACGACACCCGCGAGCUGUUCCCCAACAAGACGGCCGCGAGUUUUCUGAAGAAGGAGCUUUUCCCAACCAAGAACAGCAACCAUCGACGCUCCGAUGCCUUUGACGCCGCCGACGAAACCGCAGACCUCUUCGCGCGACGCAUCUCUGUUCCCCUUGUCGACGGCGCCCACGACGCAGGCCGCAACAAGAAUAUCGAACUCUUCCCCGACACCACCGCGGUCAGCAGCAGGAUCCGCGGAUCCGCAGCCGGAAGAGGAGGAGAGGGUUCUGAUCUCUCCAUUCGAGGCGCCGCAGCAGGCCUCGCCAUCAAGGGUAAGGGCAAGGGCAAGGGCAUGGGCAUGGACGCCUCGGUCCGCGAGCUGUUCCCCUCCAAAUAUAAUAACGCCAAUGCGGGCAAAGAGCUCUUUUCUGAAAAGAUCGACGGGCGAGGGGGCCAGCGACGCAGAGCUGAAGAUAUGUUUAGUUAA